AUGCUAAACACCGGGAAUGUGCUGCCUGCGAAGAUUCAACCACCUCUUCUGAGGCCAAUGGCAUACCGUGUGUUGUCGAAGAAGUAUGGCCUCAAUAUCAAGUCCGAUGGUCUUGCAACUUUGGCAGGGUUUGUGGGUAAUAUGUUUGGUAUGAAUUGGAAGAAAGAUCCAGAUACUCUGCAGUUCUUGGAGAGAUUUGCCUUACUUUGGAGACAGCAAGAAAGAGGGCUAUUUGUCGAUGACCAAGGUGUGAGAGAUGUAGUUAACGAGAUGAAAGAACGUGAGAGGGCCACUGUUUCAGCUUCUUUACAACAAGAGCCUUCCAAAAAGUCCAAAAGUGUUACCAUUGAUAAAAUGUUGAACCGAGAGAUACCGGCAUCGUCACCAAUACGCAUUUCCACAGAAAAUGAUCAAAUUCUAGUAGAAAAUGAGACUAUUGAGGAUCAAAUAGAUAAUGAGGUGGCUUCCGAUGAGGAGCAACUCGAUUGGAGGAAUUACUUCAAAGUCAUAAAUUCUUCAGAGCAGGCAAAAUAUUCUUAUGACCCAGUUAAAUUACAGUUCACAUUCACUCCUGUGAAGAAAAGUACACCUUCCGAAGAAUUUAGAUCUCUUAUUAAGGAUCGAGUCCCUGACAUUAAUUCUAAUACAUCUAUCUUCUCUAAUAGAUUCUAUUUGAUUAGAGACAGGCUUCUAAGAAAUGAUAGUUUCCAAAACGCCGAUGAUUUUAAUCCAUUAUCGUCAAUAGCUGCUAUGCAACAGGAUUUGAAUAAUGGGUCUGGUGAAAUAUCGAGAGCUAUGUCUGUAACUCAGAUCAAAAAUCUGCUGGGACGUGACGGCCAAAACUUCUUGCUGCUAGGGCUGUUGAGCAAAAAUGCGAAAGGCGGUUGGUCACUUGAAGAUCCUUCUGGAUGUAUAGAGAUAGAUAUAUCUCAGGCCUACCCAACCAAAGGUCUGUACUACGUACCAGGAUGUGUUGUACUUGCCGAAGGCAUCUACUUCACGGUGGGUCAUAAGUUUCACGUUUCUUCCGUUACUCAUCCACCUGGUGAAAGAAGAGAGAACACUUUAGAAGCAAUUGGUAACCUUGAUCUAUUGGGCCUACAUGGGCAGGCAAGCUCUAAUUAUGUAGCCAGGCUUGAUAAAGAGUUAAAGAUAAGGCUUCAUCUUCUUGAAAAGGAAUUGACUGAUCACCGAUUCAUUAUUUUAGGUGGAGUAUUUAUUCUUGGAUGGAACUUGAUACCUUGGAAGCACUCAAGUAAAGUUUUGACGACAAUUAGUGAUGAUCCGCCUACGGCUAUUAUUCUUCAUGGUUCUUUCACUGCUGUGCCUGUGCAUGCUUCCAUGAGUAGUAGAAAUGUUAGUUCCACCACUCUAUAUCAGAGUAUUUUUGAUGAUCUGGCUGAUCUCAUAUCGAGCUUCGAUGAGAUCGCUCAAAACUCCACCUUCGUAUUUGUACCGGGAAUUAAUGAUCCUUGGGGUUCCACAGUCUCUAUGGGAUCUGCACAUGCUUGGCCACAACAACCAGUACCUUCUCGCUUCACUCAAAAAUUAAAGAGAGUAUGCAAAGAUGUGAUCUGGGCCUCGAACCCUACCAGAUUGGCCUACCUCUCACAGGAAAUAGUUGUUGUACGGGACGAUAUUACCGACAGACUCAAGAGACAUAGUAUCGCCUUUCCGAUGGAAGAGCUUACUCAAGGAAUUAAACUAAUGGAACCUAAAAGUGAUGAUGCAACGUCAAUAAGCCAGUUGGUCAAGGAAAACGACCAGCUUCCAACUAGGAUACGAGAAUCACGUAAAUUGGUAAAGACCAUUUUGGAUCAAGGUCACUUGUCACCAUUUGUCACUUCAGUUCGACCACUCGUAUGGAACCAAGACAAUGCUUUAACCUUGCAUCCCGUGCCCUCUACUCUAAUAUUUUGUGAUACGACGGCUCCGUACUUUGAUGUGACCUACAAUGGUUGCAAGACAAUAAAUCCAGGAAAGUUCAUAACAGGAAGACGUGCGAGAUACCUCGAAUAUAAUCUUUCACAGAAAAAAGCAUCAUUGGAGGAACUCUACUUUUAG